UCGAUCAGCGUCUUUCUGAUAAAACUCCAUUAUCACACUUUACCGUCAGCCCCCCGCCCCCCCACCCCCGUGGCUUCACCUCACCGUCAUGAGCGAGGUGUGUGUCCGGGUGGCUCUGCGUGUCCGGCCGCUGCUUUCCCGAGAACUCCUCCACGACCACCGGGUAUGUGUGCAGAUAGUACCGGGCUGCGAUCAGGUCCUAGUCGGCUCCGACCGACUCUUCUCCUUCGACCACGCGUUCGGACCCACGGCCACCCAGGAUGAGGUGUACGACUCCUGCGUCCAGCCGCUGGUCGAGUCCGUGCUCCGGGGCCACAACGCCACCGUGUUCUUCUACGGACAGACCGGCUCAGGGAAGACGUACACGUUCGGAGGAAGGAAGCUGGAUGAGGAAGGGGGAGUCAUUGACCGUGUGGCCGAGAAUGUGUUCUCGUUGUUGGGGGAGAAGAAGGAGAACAAUGAUGGAGUGGAGGCCACAGUGCGCAUCUCAUAUUUGGAGCUGUACCUGGAGGAGUUGCGAGACUUGCUGGAGAGUCCUAACACUCACAAAGAGCUUCAUAUCAGGGAGAACAACAAGGGAAACACAGUGGUGGUAGGAGCCAAAGAAGUAGUUGUCACCUCAGCAGAGGAGCUACUCACUGUUCUAGAGACUGGUAAUGCUCUGCGCCACAUCAAAACCACAGGUAUGAAUGAGCACUCCAGUCGCUCUCACACCAUCCUCACCCUUCAAAUCGUCCAAUGUAGCCACAUCAACAAUCCCUCCUUGAAGACUUCCUGCUUCUCCAAACUCUGUCUGGUCGACCUGGCGGGCUCAGAGCGUGCUGGAAAAACAGGCAACGAGGGCUCACUGCUCAAAGAGUCUGCUCAUAUCAACACGGGCCUGCUCGCACUGGGCAACGUUAUCCGUGCCCUGUAUAACCGUGCUCGGAACAACUGCAACAGCACACACAUACCGUACCGUGAUGCCAAGAUCACCCGUCUCCUCCAGGAUUCACUGGGAGGCACUGCCCAAACAGUGAUGGUGGCAUGUGUGAGCCCCUCUCACCACAAUAUAGCUGAGACUGUGGGUGUUUUGCAGUUUGCAUCCAAGGCUCGUCACAUCCGCAACUGUCUGACAGCCACACCUACUCGCACUGAGGUUAAAUUAUGUCCUACAACCUGGGACCCUGGCGAGGUUCGACGAGGGGAGCUGGAGUAUGAAGUUCGUACACUGGGAGAGCUGCUGAAGGAGAAGGAGCGAGAGAUUGAGAUGCAGAGGACAGAUGGAAGAGCUGCUGAGGAGAAGAGCAUCAGAAAGUCAAGCCAGAUGAGGUUGUCUGAGCGAGAUCAGAAGAUGAACCCGUACCACCUCCUAACACAGGAAGCUGCAGCUCUGCUUGCAGACCUCUCCGGUCCGUUUCUGAGCCACUCAUUCAGGGGACAGCUGCAGGAUUGGCAGGACAGACUGGCAGUUGUUGCUAAGGCACAUCCCAUCGAUGAUGAGGUUAGAGAUUCAGAGGGGGAUGGAGACGAGGCAGACCAUGUCACAAUAUUACAGCUCAGACAAGAUCUCCAUGGAUCCCAGGAAGCUCUCAACAUAGCAGAGCAGCUACUGGAGCAGAAAGAUGCAGAACUGAGACAGGUACAAAAAGAUUUUGAGAAACUUCUUCACAAGAGUAAAACCUACCUGCAAGCCCUGGAGGAAGAAAAGGAACGUAAUCGUUUACAGAUUGAACACCUUGUGGAUCAGCAGAUUCUCAUCAAUGGCCUUCGCAGCAACAUCAUGACCUCUCAAGUUACAAUCUCUGGGGCAGCAGUGGAAGCAGUGGCUUCUGGGAACUCAGACAAGAGGCCCCAUUCCGUCCCUCUGAUGAGACACAGCUGUGGACCCCAGUCACCCAGAAUGAUUCACACCAGUUCCACAGCGAAUUCGCUGGAGAGGGUGAUGGCCGCCUUUAAGGUGCGUGGACAUCUCCUCCUGGCUAAGCUUGAUGAAAAGGAAGAGGUGCGCUGUCCAUUCAUUAAACAGACAGAGAGCAAAGACAGCGUUCAAGAGACAGAGGAGAAGGAGGGGGAGGAGGAGGAGGACUGGGAAGAGGACGACUUUGGGGGCAAAAUGGCAUUUCGGCAUUCUUUAAACCAAACAUGGACCAACUCACAGAUCAACAAAAAUCCAUUAGUGCAACAGUCUCAGCAAGUCACAGGGACUGAGGGAGACCUUGCCAAACUAAGCCAUGUGAGGAAGAGAAGACUGAGAGUCAGUGUAACUCAGAGAAGGAUCCAAGAUCUGUCAUUCACCAUGGACAUGGGAGUGGAGCUCAUCAAAGAGCUGGACAAAACGGACAAAGAGAUCCAAGCAGCAGACAGACGUGUCAGACAGAGUCAAGAUGGCAGAGAAGCCGGCAUAUUGGUAAAACCUUCCAUGCAGAGCCGGCAGGUUCGAUCACAGGUGUAUCACAGCCUGCAACACAUGAGACUGCAGAGAGAACAGCUUCAGGCCAGCCUCAGACAGCAGAGACAGACGGCUAACAACAACACAGAGCCUGGACAAAGUGGGGAGCAGACAAAAGGAGAUCUGAGUACACAUGGCAGCAGUUGGUGGGAGCAGCAGGAGGAGCUGGUGCUUCAGAAUAGGGCAGAGCUGCAGGAGCUGGAAGAGGAGCAGAGGAAGAGAGAGGAGGUGAUCCAGCGCAGAGAGGCCUGUCUGCAACAGAAAAAAAAACUGGAGCUCAAGAUGCUGCGUGCCAGUAAGGCUCUGAGUCAGGACCUGCUGCGUGUGUCGGUGCAGUUGGAGUCUUUGGAGGAGAACUUGCAGAGCAGUGGCAAUACAAGAAUGCCUGCAGGAGUCACCACAGAGGAACUGGAGGAGGAGAGAGACAUGCUUCAAAUGAGAAAAGACACUCUGGAGGCACAGCUGAUGGGAAACAGAGGCCUAACUGUGACGGAGAGCCAUUCCCUGCUCCAGCUGGAGGAAGCUUCUGAAGCUCUGGAUGUAGCACUGGAGUUUAAAAACCACUUCAUCCUGGACAAACAGAAGAAACUGUCCUCGUCGUAUCAGUCACAAAGCACUGAACCUGCACAGCUCUGUGAUGUCAUCAGGAAGCUGAAGGAGCUCUCAAUGCCCGAGGCUGCGGAGCUGCUCGUAAAAUAUUUCAAGAAGGUUGUUGGUCUCCGUGAGACAGAGCUUCAUUUGCAUAAACGUUGUAGAGAGCUGGAGCUUCAUGCUGCAGAACAAAAGGGGAAACUGAGGGAGAUUGAGACCGCCAUGCAGCAUCUGGCCCUGGAUGCAGAUCGCAGGAUCAUACAGCUGCACAAAGAUAACCAGAAACACAUCCAGCUACUCCUGCAGGAACUUCAAAAGGAUAAUUUAGGAGUGACACAACAGGCUCUCCAAGACAGACUGCAGCAGGUGGAGAAAGAACUGUUUUACUACAAAAGCUUGUCUCUUAAUCUCAAAAAGAAGGUCAAAGAGCUUUUCAGUGGGGGCCCACAUCUGGACAAUCGGCCUUCACAAAAACCUGAGCACAAAUUGCCUGAGGACAACCACGGACAAAGACGCACACAGCCUCUGGGGCAGAGUGAAUGUGGGGAAAGGUUGGAGAUGAUACCAGUUCGUUUGAAUCGUCGGGAUGUGAGACAGAUAUUCCCAGCUGACCUGCAGAUAUCUGGUUCUGCCACAAGAAGGCGACAGCCUGCUGUGGAGACAAUACUGGAGGACUCCUUAGAAAAGGCCAGACCUGCAGACAACACUACAACCUUCUGAUAACCGUGUCUGUAGUCAUAAAACUACUAGUCAUAAAACUAGUCAUAAAACUGCUGACCUUACAGUUAUCAGCAACGCCACUGACUGGACUGAUUACACCGCCUUUACAACCACUGUUUGUUAACAAUACUUUCAGGGAAAACUUGUUCCACAUGUUGUUAAAUAGAGCCCCAUGAGGAGAAUGUCUAUAUUUUUCACCUUUAAUCAAAAGCACUGAUUAGCACUUAAAACGGCCGCUAAUCCAAUAUGUUUACUGCACUACAACAGAAAUGUUUCUUAUGCACUUGAUUCUUACUGUCUGUGCUACACUGUAUGCUUGUAUUAUUUCUUGUAUGUGUGGCUCUAUUGCAGUAAAAUAUAUUACACCAAUGUGUGUUGCAGAACUCUUCUCAUUCCACAUGAAUGAUUUACCUAGUGUCCCAGCCCCUUGCUUAGAAACCACUGCAAUAAACCACCCAUCUGU